AAGGACGUGAUGAGCGGCGUCCAGAUCCGGGCUGGCACCGAGUCGGCGAGGGCAACGACCGCGAGAGGAGCGACGCAAAUUAUGAUCUGAUUGCACCGCGGCUCGUGCGCGCGCGAGCGCCCGCCCGCCCCACGGACACGCAAGCCACGAGCGAUGCGCGCCGCGGAUUCUGUUGAAUUCCUGACAAGGUCUCGCCGAAACACGUGGACCGCUUCGCUUGGGGCUCCUGGAGUUGGAAAUUAAAGCAAGUUGGAGGGCGGCGGGAGGAUGUGCGGGAUUUUUGCAGGGUGGACCGCGUGAGGGGGACAUGGCGAACGGAGGCGACCAGUUCGGCCUCGCUGAGCGUCCUGCAGACUCCAACUUGGAUUCUCCCAAGGAGAAGAAAAAGGACAAUCUGAGCAGCUACAAUUUCAAAUCACCUGCUUCACCACAGACGUCAAAUUCCACCCAGCUGGGCAUGGAGGGCAUCAAAGUGUUCCUUCACGACAGGGAACUUUGGAGCAGGUUCGAUGAGGUGGGAACUGAAAUGAUCAUCACCAAGGCUGGAAGGAGGAUGUUCCCCAGUUACAAGGUGAAGGUCACCGGACUCAACCCCAAAACCAAAUACAUCCUCCUCAUGGACGUCGUGCCCGGGGACGACCACCGCUACAAGUUUGCUGACAACAAAUGGUCGGUAACCGGUAAGGCCGAACCGGCGAUGCCGGGCAGGCUCUACGUCCACCCGGACUCUCCUGCCACGGGGGCCCAUUGGAGCCGCCAGCUGGUGUCUUUCCAGAAGCUCAAACUCACCAACAACCACCUGGACCCAUUUGGACACAUAAUCCUCAACUCCAUGCACAAAUACCAGCCCCGCGUCCACAUCGUCAAGGCGGACGAGAACAACGGCUUCGGCUCCAAGAACACGGCCUUCUGCACUCAGGUCUUCUCUGAGACCGCCUUCAUCGCGGUGACCUCCUACCAGAACCACAAGAUUACUCAGUUAAAGAUAGAGAACAAUCCCUUCGCGAAGGGCUUCAGAGGCAGUGACGACAACGAGCUGCACCGCAUGGCCAAACUGCAAGGGAAGGACUACCCGGUGGUCCCGCGCAGCGCCGGGCGCCCGAGAGCGUGCUCCAGCGGGAGUCCCUUCGGCGGGGAAAUCCGGGUUCUGAGGGGCUCGCCCGAAGCGGCCGCGUCGCCCUACGGCUGCGAGAACGGCCCGAGCAGCGGCAGCCCGCAGACGCCGCUGGGGGCUCCGUCCGCGCACUACGCUUUGGCUCAUCCUCAGCACGUCCAGCAGCCUCAGCUUUACCAUUGCGCCAAAAGGAAAGUGGAGGAGAACCGCGCCACGGGAAACUGCCAGCACCCGUUCAAGAGAGUCUUCCCCGGUAGCUCGGCCGGUCGGGGCCCGGGCGACUCCUACUACCACGGCCCCCCCUUCGCCCCGCCCCCGACGCCCGCGCUGUCCGGCAGGCCCGGCCCGGGCCUAGCGGACGCCCCCUACACCUCCGACGUGGGUCAGCGCCAGGCGUGCAUGUUUGCGGGCUCGGAGAGCAGACUCGACGACCGCGGCUGCGCGUCCUGGUCGUACCCCUGCCCGCUGCCCUCCGCCAUGACCCCCGUGGAGCCCUACCCGCCCUUUAACCCCCACCCUCCCUACGGCUCCAGCCCGCAGGGCUCCCGCCUCAGCGCCGCGGUCCACCACGGCUCGCCCCCGCUGGGGGAAGCCGUCGUUCACGACCCCUACCAGAGGCAGCGCUCGGAGAACAUUCAAAGCAGGCAGCACAGCCCCCCUCUCCGCAGGGAGUACCCUCACUUCAGCCCCAACCUGUCCCCCCCGCUCUACCACACACUAGAGACCCACGCGCACAUCAGGUGCGGCGUCCCCGAAUGGACCGCCGCCUCCUAAAGAUGCAAACCACGGAAUCACCGCUGUGUCAUUUUGUGUCGCGUCCCCUGCGCCGCUCAGAGCGCCGCGCCAUUAAAAACUGGGCUCGGGCGCCCAAAUUCCCCACAAAAGGCCCCACUUUUGAGCAGCGCGGGGAACAUCAAAAGUGCUAUUUUAUUGUCUUUUCCGUAAGCCGAUGACUGAUGUCGACCAAAUGUUUGCACCGUGAGCGAAGCCCGAACAGAACCGGGCUCUCUCUUUUUUUUUUUUUUUUUUCUCCCCCCCCCUCCACUUUGCGUCAUCGUGAAAGAUGUGAAAAUUGUGACCCGUCGCCAGACAUCCGCGAACCAAAAUAAUCUCACGGCACGAGCCCGAGGGGUGUAGCCUUUUAUUUGAUUUGAUUUUUUAGAUCUCGUGGCCCCCACCCCCGCCCCGUGACGCGGUGUUUUGCGCAAAGCCCGUGUCAGCUCAGCUCAAGAACGCCACGAGCUCAUUUGCGACGAAGCAGGCGGUCGUAGCUGCGGGUGCCGCGGCGACGAGAUAAAACAGUUGGAUUCGGCGGCGCUUCGGGCCCGGCGGACCUGUAAACAACUUUUCCCACCGCGUUUUUGGGUAAAUGCAGAUCCCGGGGUCACACAUCUGUCGCCGCUGUCCUCGCUGUCACCCCCCAGCUGAGCCAUCAUCUCAAAGGAGCUUUGGCCGCACCCUCGUCCUGAGCUGACCACUCCAAGCUCAAUUUUGUUUCCCUUUUUUUGGGGGGGUUGGAGUGCAAGUUUUUCCCUCCUCCUUUGAAUCAGUCGUCAUCAAAUGUUGACCUUUGACUCGUGAGGGUUGUAAAACACAGUGCUGUAAAUGAGAUGUUCUCUCCGCUCAGGUGAAUACACGUCGCGUAUUAGUCUGCGAUUUGGCGUCCCAAUCGGUCCUCGUUAGUCCCGCGUUUACUGUAGUUCCACAGGAAACCCAUUUCCCUCCACAUCUGGAUAGCGUUACUUCCUGCCGGUGCCGACUGUAAAACGACAACUGUGGCUCUGUGCGGAAAGCGAACUGAGUUGAGAUUUUCUUCUCUCUUUUUUUUUUUUUUUGUCACACUUCCACCCGGGUUUUAUAUGCAGUAACAUGAGAAGGUGCUCAGUUUGCGCCCUCAAUGUGCACUUGUGUGUGUGUGUGUGUGU